AUGAUGGAUUUUCCUGAAAUUCAAUCUAUUGAUGACCAACGAGGGAAGACGCAUCUCCUGAAGUAUCUAACCUUCUUCAGCCUAGAAAGAUGGCCGAACGGGUUCGCUUCCUGCAAGGCUAUCCCUCCCCCAAUCCAUACCGUCCAGCCAUGCUCUGCUAGAUUGCCAAGAUCACUGGUCUGAAUUUCUGACUGUGAAGUUCUCCCCUCUUUCUCCAUCUCCAUCUCAACUUGCAUUUUGGCGGUUACCGGCCCUCUUCCCUCCUGAUCUAUCUCCAGAAUCGAAGCACGAACCCUUUAGUUAUUGAUUUAAAUUACAUGUCACCAUUGAUCAGACAACAAUAACCGCAGAAUAAAGAGGAACGAGACGAAGAAAUGGAAGACUCCCUGGAGAGCCCCUACGGCUUCGCCCUCCGUCGCAGCGGAGGCUGUCUCGACGAUGAAGUCGACUGCGGCGAAACCUGGAAACCUUUCCACACCUGCUGUCCCGGGAGGACCUUCUGUCCCCCUAACCAGAAGAACGUCAAAUGUUGCCCCUCCAAUGCCGACUGUCUGCAGCUGAUCGAAGGCGACCCGCACUGCGGCAACGGCACUGCCAACAUGUACGACGCCAAAGUGGACGACGAGCAUGGGUAUUUCUGCUGCGAUCCGGCCGAAAAGGGCUUCAUGCGCCCGAAUACCUUCGUUGGAUGUACCGCCGACAUCGCAGAUUUGGGCGCCUCCACCUCUCUAAUGUCGAUUGUGUCCAAGGGAAUGACAACCCCAACCCCAACCCCAACCCCCUCCUCGAAACCAGCUCCCGCCCCCUCAGCCACAGAAACCUCCGACCAUUCCAGCCCCGCCAGUUCCGACCUCGUCACGGAGGGCACCGACCAACCCACCGGUACGAACGUUGGCGCGAUCGCAGGCGGCGUCGUGGGCGGCGUUGCCGGCCUGGCCCUCAUCAUCGCACUCCUCUGGUUCCUGCUGCGUCGCCGAAAACAACAACAGUCACAGCAACAGCAGCCACCGUCAGUGAACCCGGUACCCAGACAUGAGUUGCCGGCUUCACCUCGGGUGGAGAUGGCCGUCGACCCCAGUGCGGUGGGGUUCUUUGGGAAGAGGGCUCCGGCAGAGCUGGAUCCAGAGCCAAGGGCUCAACAGUUGGUACAUGAGUUGCCCGCAGGUGGAUCGGGGGGUAAGGACAUGCCGUCCUAUCGAUGAGGGUGAGCAACUGUACAGGUUGGAGUGUAUUUGAUGGGUAUAUCUUUUAUUAUUAUUCAAGAUCCUAUGUCGUUGCAUUUUGUAAUUUAAGCGACAGUGCUGGGGUUUAUCUUACUUAAUAUCAUCUUGUUUGUGAUAACGUCAUUCCAAUUUAAUGCAUCGAAGCAUUUGGUCAUCUAUCAUCGAUCUAGCGGACAA